ACUUUCGGAACAUGCCUCAUGUUGCUAUUAUUCCCAGAACGUUUUUACUGCUAUCGCCUAACAUCCUGUUCCUGUUUCGUUCUGCUUGCCGACGUAGCUAGUCGCUGUCUUUCAUUUCGCCGUGGUUGUUCGUGAGACUUGCAAUGUCUCACCGUAAGUUCAGCGCGCCCAGGCACGGGUCCAUGGGCUUCUACCCCAAGAAGCGCUCGCGGCACCACCGCGGCAGGGUCAAGUCCUUCCCCAAGGACGACCCGUCGAAGCCCGUGCACCUGACGGCCUUCAUCGGCUACAAGGCGGGCAUGACCCACGUCGUGCGUGAGGCGGACAGACCCGGCUCCAAGGUGAACAAGAAGGAGAUAGUGGAGGCGGUGACGAUCCUGGAGACCCCGCCCAUGAUCGUGGUGGGCCUGGUGGGGUACAUUGAGACCCCGCGCGGGCUGCGCGGCCUCAAGACCAUCUGGGCGGAGCACCUGGCCGAGGACUGCCGGCGCCGCUUCUACAAGAACUGGUACAAGGCCAAGAAGAAGGCGUUCACCAAGGCCUCCAAGAAGUGGCAGGACGAGCUGGGGCAGAAGACCAUCGAGAAGGACUUCCAGCGGAUCAUCCGCUACUGCAAGGUCAUCCGGGUGCUGGCCCACACACAGAUGAAGCUGCUGAAGAAGCGCCAGAAGAAGGCGCACAUCAUGGAGAUCCAGCUGAACGGCGGCACGGUGGAGCAGAAGGUGCAGUGGGCGCGCGACCACCUGGAGAAGCCCGUGCCCGUGUCGCAGGUGUUCGCCGCUGACGAGAUGAUCGACUGCAUCUCCGUCACCAAGGGACACGGCUACAAGGGCGUGACGUCGCGCUGGCACACCAAGAAGCUGCCGCGCAAGACGCACAAGGGGCUGCGCAAGGUGGCGUGCAUCGGGGCGUGGCACCCCAGCCGCGUGUCGUUCACGGUGGCGCGCGCCGGCCAGAAGGGCUACCACCACCGCACGGAGAUCAACAAGAAGAUCUACCGCAUCGGCCAGGGCAUCCACACCAAGGACGGCAAGGUGGUGAAGAACAACGCCUCCACGGAGUACGACCUGACGGAGAAGACCAUCACGCCGCUGGGCGGCUUCCCGCACUACGGGGAGAUCAACCAGGACUUCCUGAUGAUCAAGGGCUGCGUCGCCGGCUGCCGCAAGCGCGUCAUCACGCUGCGCAAGUCGCUGCUGGUGCACACGAAGCGAAAGGCGCUGGAGAAGAUCAACCUGAAGUUCAUAGACACGUCGUCCAAGUUCGGGCACGGCCGCUUCCAGACGGCGGCGGACAAGGUGGCGUUCAUGGGCGUGCUGAAGAAGGACCGCGUCAAGGAGGAGGCCGCCGCGACCGCGCAGACCUAGCCGUGCUGCGUUCUGUAUGCCUGUGCAUUAAACCUUCGUGAUAACAA